UUGUGAUGUGACUGCGCAUACAGAUCAAUUUGCGGAUUGCGAACAGGUGAAGUGUAGUUGGAGGCACUGCAGCCUAAUGGAGGAUGAUUAUGAAGUAAGAAAUUUAUCGCAGUUGUCACUUGAGGAUGCGGCCCGUGUUGAGGAGCAGCUUGGUGCAGUACGAACUGACGUCUUGGUUACGGGGCGUUUCAAGUUGGCAAGUCGUCGCUUCAUAAAACGCGAUGUUCUUCAAAGAAGGGGAAGACUCCCUUUGCAACGCAUGAAGCGGGAGGCUGCCGCAAUGACACGGAUGUGUAUUCCAUUCCAUCUUUCACCCCAUGGAGUGGUACUGUGGCUUUGCAGUACUGGCGCACGAAGCGCAGCGAGGCCAGCAUCGGAACUGAGCGGCGGGCGAGGCCAGCCCCUCGGCUGCUGAAAAUAUUUAGUAACAUGCUAUUUUGCUCUGUCAACUACUGGCUUCUUCAAAUGUUGCAGCACAAAUGAAAACG